AUGACGUGGCGGAUGCAGGACAAAUGGAUUGGGUUGAUGCUCGCGAUCAGCUCGAGUGUGGCGAUUGGCACGAGCUUUAUUAUCACGAAGAAGGGGCUGAUGAGUGCGGCGGCGCAUAGCGAGGGGCUGGCGUCGGAGCGCCUGAGCUAUCUGGGCAAUCCGGUGUGGUGGGCCGGCAUGCUGACGAUGGUCGUGGGCGAGGUGGCGAAUUUCGUGGCGUACAUGUUUGCGCCGCCGAUUCUCGUGACGCCGCUGGGUGCGCUGAGUGUGCUGGUGGGCGCUGUGCUGGCGUCGUUCCUGCUGCACGAGCGUCUCGGGCGGCUGGGCAUCCUGGGCUGUGCGCUGUGUCUCGUGGGCACGGUGGUGAUUGUCGUGAAUGCGCCGGAGGACCGGGAUAUUCAGACGGUGGACGAGCUCCUGCAGUACGCGAUGCGCGCGCCCUUUCUGAUCUACUGCCUGUGCACGGCGUGCUUCUCGCUCUACAUGGUGUGGCGUGUCGUGCCGCGCUACGGCCACCGGACGCCGCUCGUGUACCUCUCGAUCUGCUCGCUCGUCGGCUCGAUCUCGGUCAUGAGCGUCAAGGCGCUGGGCGUGGCGCUGCGCCUCACCUUUGACGGGCACAACCAGCUCACGCACGUGUCGACGUACUGCUUCGGCCUCAUGGUCGUGCUGUGCAUUCUCGUCCAGAUGAACUACUUCAACCGCGCGCUCGAUCAGUUCUCGACGAACGUCGUCAAUCCGAUCUACUAUGUCAUGUUCACCACAUCCACCAUCCUGGCGUCGGUGCUGCUGUUCCAGGGCUUUGACACGACGAACGCCGCCGCCGUGUCCCUGCUCGGCGGCUUUCUCGUCACGUUCCUGGGCGUCUACCUGCUCAAUGCCAACGCGCAGGCUCCCGCGUCGUCCGCGGACUAUGAGCGCAUCUACCCCGACCGCGACGCUGCUGCGUCGUUCGUGAUCGACGAGCCGACGCAGAGCUUCCCGCUCACCCCCUUCCACGACCAGCCCGCCGAGCCCGCUCGCUCUCCGUAG